AUGUCUACGUCUGAAAAUGGGUCACCUCGGGUUCUACGUGUCCCCAGGUCUGAUGAGCCCGACAGUUAUGUGCUUCUCCAUGUCACACGUACCAGUUCGGCUGCAUUAGACUUGAAUCUCGCUGCAACGGAAGGAGAAUUUCCGUAUAAUGGGGUCGUGCAACAGUCUCGUGCGCAGACUCAUCGUUCAAAGAGUUAUCAGGGAACCGAUGAGGACUGGGAUCUUAUCUUGCUGCGUGCCUUGGGUCAGCUAGAGAUCAAUACAGAUAAAUCAGAGCUGCUAUCUGGUGUCGAACUAUCCGCUAGUAUUAAGGCAUUAGGUAGGCAGAGCAAUCAACUGGUCCUCACUAUUCGCCGGAGGAUCCAAACUAUAACUCAAAGACUCGGUUCUAUAGCGCUCAAGCAGGAUGAUGAACAAGAUAUUCAGCUCUUCGACUGGUCCGCCGUCGCCAUUGCCAGAGCUGAUAUGCUUGAGCAGCGGCUAUUAAGAUUGCAACAGCAGUAUCGCGCAGCCGACAAUACCAUCAAGCAGCUCAAUAAGCAAAUUGAGGACUUCAUCACUGCAAAAUCCCGCCAUGAGGAACAGCUUAUGACAAACUUUACUCAGGUUCUAAAUCAGAAGAAGCUCAAAAUCCGCAAUCAACAACGCUUGUUGGCUUCGGCGAAAAUUGAUGUGGACGAUGCUGGUCAAUGUCGGGCUGCCUCAUCAAAAGUUGGGGCCCGUGUCGGGAGCAUGAAGCAUGCGAAACGUCCUAUUGUGGAAACGAGCGAUGACGAGGCUGAAAGCGAUAAUGGCUCGGAGAGUUUGGAUCAGACCAAGCAUCAAUCCAGUCCAAGAAGAAUGAUAGACACGGAUGACGAACCAAAUUCGACUCCGCAGCCAUUGGAGGAUGUGGGUGUAGAUGAUACCACUGACGAAGAUUUGCCCACAGCGUCCGGCGUCGAUCAGGGAAUAAGUGAACAGAACAAUAUGGAAGAAGCUCACCAUCCACCUAGGCUGCAAGAACAGUCACCUCCACCCCGCAGGGAGCUUCCAUUCACCAAAGGGUCAAAAUCAAGCAAAGACACCGUACAGAAUAUACAGCAUCAGCACGACACUGCCGAAGAAACUGCAGGCGAGACAGACGACGAUGAGCUAUGA